AAUUUCUUUUUUCAAUUUUUUCAGUGCGAAUUUUACACAACAUAGGGAAAUCGCUAUUUCUAAUUGAAAAUUUAUAUUUAUAAUUGAAAAGAAAAAAGUAAAGUAUCAUAUAUCAUAUAUAAUGAACUGAUACUCCAGGUUCUCACAAACGAGAAUCCUUUACUUCAAUAUUCACUCAUUAUUAGUUUAAUGAUUGUAUCCAUUAUGCGUAUUCCGAUAGGAAAUAAAUGAUUUUUUUUUUUUCAUCAAAUGACUAUUCAUCUAUUAUACUUUACAUCUAAAUAGAGGCAAGAAAACUCUAUGGAAAAAUUAUGGUUCAAUUUUAUCUUGUCUAAGGGGGAAUUAGAAUACAGAUGUGGGCUAAGUAAAUCAAUGGAUAGCCUUGGUCCUAUUGAAAAUACUAGUGUAAACGAAGACCCGGUUAGAAAUGAUAUGGAUAAAAACAUUCAUGGUUGUAGUGACAGCUCUAGUUAUUACAGUAAGGUUGAUCAUUUAGUUGGCGUCAAAGACAUUCGGAAUUUCAUUUCUGAUGACACCCGAAUUAGGGUUUUAAUUAGGGAUAGUAAUCAGGAUAAUGAUAGUAAUCAGGAUAAUUAUUCUCUAUAUUUUAAUAGUGAAAAUCAAAUUUUUGAGAUUGACAAUGACGAUCCCCACUAUGAUUUUAACUUGUAUGAUACUAACUAUAGUUGGAAUAAUCACAUUAAGAGUUGUAUUAACUCUUAUCUUCGUUCUCAAACCUGUAUUGAUAGUUCCAUUUUAAGUGGUAGUGACAAUUACAAUGAUAGUUAUAUUUAUAAUUGCAUUUGUGGUUACAUUUGUGUUGAAGGUGGAAAUAGUAGUGAAGACAAUGGUUUAACUCUAAAAGAAAGUUGCGCAAAUGGUAAUGAUUUAACUCUAAAAGAAAGUUGCGCAAAUGGUAAUGAUUUAACUCUAAAAGAAAGUUGCGCAAAUGGUAAUGAUUUAACUCUAAAAGAAAGUUGCGCAAAUGGUAAUGAUUUAACUCUAAAAGAAAGUUGCGCAAAUGGUAAUGAUUUAGAAAGGCCUAAAGAUUUCAAGCAUUUGUGGGUUCUAUGCGAAAAUGAAGAUUGUUAUGGAUUAAAUUAUAAGAAAUUUCUUAAGCCAAAAAUGAAUAUUUGUGAAUACUGUGGAUAUCAUUUGAAAAUGAGUAGUUCAGAUAGAAUCGAACUUUCGAUUGAUCCAGGUACUUGGGAUCCUAUGGAUGAAGACAUGAUCUCUCUGGAUCCCAUUGAAUUUCAGUAUGACGAAGAUGGUAUUGAUUAUGAUCCAUUUCAGUCUGACGAAGAUGGUAUUGAUUAUGAUCCAUUUCAGUCUGACGAAGAUGGUUCUGACGAAGCUGACGAAGAUGGUUCUGACGAAGCUGACGAAGAUGGUUCUGACGAAGCUGACGAAGAUGGUUCUGACGAAGCUGACGAAGAUGGUUCUGACGAAGCUGACGAAGAUGGUUCUGACGAAGCUGACGAAGAUGGUUCUGACGAAGCUGACGAAGAUGGUUCUGACGAAGAUGGUAUUGAUUAUGAUCCAUUUCAGUCUGACCAAGAAGAGCCUUAUAUGGAUGGUAUUGAUUCUGAUCCAUUUCAGUAUGACGAAGAUAAAGUUCAGUAUGACGAAGAUAAAGUUCAGUAUGACAAAGAUAAAGUUCAGUUUGACAAAGAUAAAGUUCAGUAUGACAAAGAUAAAGUUCAGUUUAACAAAGAUAAAGAUGGUAUUAAUUAUGAUCCAUUUCAGUUUAACAAAGAUAAAGAUGGUCUUGAUUCUGAUCCAUUUCAGUAUGACGAAGAUAAAGUUCAGUAUGACGAAGAUAAAGUUCAGUAUGACAAAGAUAAAGUUCAGUUUGACGAAGAUAAAGAUGGUAUUGAUUCUGAUCCAUUUCAGUAUGACGAAGAUAAAGUUCAGUAUGACAAAGAUAAAGUUCAGUUUGACAAAGAUAAAGUUCAGUUUGACAAAGAUAAAGUUCAGUUUGACAAAGAUAAAGAUAAAGAUGGUAUUGAUUAUGAUCCAUUUCAGUUUGACAAAGAUAAAGAUGGUAUUGAUUCUGAUCCAUUUCAGUAUGACGAAGAUGGUAUUGAUUCUUAUCCGUUUGAGUAUGACGAAGAUGGUAUUGAUUCUGAUCCGUUUGAGUAUGACGAAGAGCCCUAUAAAGAUCGUCUUGAUUCUUAUCAAAGAGAGACAGGAUUAACUGAGGCUAUUCAAACAGGUACGGGUCAACUAAACGGUAUUCCUAUAGCAAUCGGGGUUAUGGAUUUUCAGUUUAUGGGGGGUAGUAUGGGAUCCGCAGUAGGCGAGAAAAUCACCCGUUUGAUCGAAUAUGCUACCAAUAAUUUUUUGCCUCUUAUUCUAGUGUGUGCUUCCGGAGGAGCACGCAUGCAAGAAGGAAGUUUGAGCUUGAUGCAAAUGGCUAAAAUAUCUUCUGCUUUAUAUGAUUAUCAAUCAAAUAAAAAGUUAUUUUAUGUAUCAAUUCUUACAUCUCCUACUACUGGUGGAGUGACCGCGAGUUUUGGUAUGUUGGGGGAUAUCAUUAUUGCUGAACCCAAUGCCUAUAUUGCAUUUGCGGGUAAAAGAGUAAUUGAGCAAACAUUGAAUAUAACAGUACCUGAAGGUUCACAGGAGGCUGAAUAUUUAUUCCAUAAGGGUUUAUUCGAUCCAAUCGUACCACGUAAUCCUUUAAAGGGUGUUCUGAGUGAGUUAUUUCAGUUCCACGGUUUUUUUCCUUUGAAUCAAAAUUCAAUCAAGUAGAGUCUUAAGUUAAAUUAUUUUCUUUGUAGUGAAAAGGCAGUUAGUUAGUUUAUCAGAAUCAAAGUCAAAGCCCGCAUAAUGGGCUUUGACUUUGUGACAUAAAAUGGAAUUGUCGAAAAACGAAUUUUAUCUUGCUCUAUUGCGUAUGUUUAUAUAAUUCAAAUAUAGAAAAAAUAUAAAUAUAGAGUUUUGCAUCUUUCUAUAUCUCCCGAGAAUUCUAUUUUUACUAAAAAUCCCUGUUCUUGGAUCGGAUUCUAACGAAUCGAAUCUUUCGACAAUUUGUAAUAAACUCUUUCUCAAUUUGUAAUAAACUCUUUCUUUAUUAAAUUCAAAUUAGAAAUUAAAAUUAGAAGACAAGAACAAUAGAAUAAUAAUAAUAAGAAAAGUAGGAAUAAAGUAAGAUAAUAAAGAAAGUGGAUUAUCUUAUCAUACACCUAUUUUAUUUCAUUUAGAAAGAUGGGCAAGUCCCUUUAUUUAAUUCUACAUUCCUUGCACUUAUUAGAUAAGAUAUAUAUAUUAGAUAUAUAUACUCGCUUAGAUAUACUUAGUAUUUAGAUAUACUUAG